AUGGAGAUCUCCUGCACAAGCCAGGGAUUCUUUUUCCUCAAAGAGCACAGCUCUGGAGUGAGCUCUGUGAAGGCAGCACAGAUGCCUGGAAGGACCCUCUACAGAAGCCUUUGCUCCUGUGUGUUUCCGCUGCAUAGCCCAGCCAGACCUCCAUCGCCGGCAUCAGCCCCCAAGGGCUUUCUCCUGCUCUCUCCAACUAGCAGCAACGCCUCCAAGCUCAUGCCUUAUUAUUUAUUCCACCGAAGCAGAGGAGUUGACAACAGCAAAAUCUCUGUUCUUAUCCUACUUGGCUGUGAACUCAAACAAACAAAGAAAAAAAAACUGGGACCAGCCACUGCCCUGGGGAACAGUGGCAGGGUGGAGUGA